AACUUUGUAAAAAGAAAACUUUUUUGUUUUGCCCUCAAAGCGCGCGGGAAGCAUGAAGUUGGCGCUGCUCUCCAGCGUCCCGCUGCGGACUCUGCUGCUGGUCUUCAGCGCCGUCCUCGGGAUCGCACAGGUGGCGGAGGCAGAUACAACAACAUCGACUGAUGGGAAUGCAACUGACAGUAACAGUGGGACUACAACAAGUAUAAGCAUUUCUAAUGUGACAAGUGAAGGCAGUACUGUGGAACAGACCACCAGUGUUUCUCUAUUCACAAAGCCUGAAGUAGUCAGAAAUAUCACUGUCACUAAUGUUACAACAUCCUCUAUAUCACUGACGUGGAAUGACCCAAAGGGAAACAGCUCUUCCUACAGAGUACAGUGGACUGACAGUGUGGAUACAACAAGUAUAACCAUUACUAACCUGACUGCUGGUGUACAGUAUAAAAUAACUGUUGCUGCAGUGACAAAUGAAGGCAGUACUGAGGGACAGAACACCAGUGUUUCUCAAUACACAAGACCUGGUGAAAUUGGGACACCUACUGUGUCCACAAACACCUCGUCCAUCUCUCUGAAUUGGACCUCACCUCCGGGUGAGGUGUUCAAGUUCAGGUUGGAGUGGAGCAGUAAUGGAGAUAUGAGGAAUAUGUGUACAUAUGAUAACUUUGCCGUGAUAUCAGAACUAAUCCCAGGCACUAGCUACACAAUCUCAGUCAUUGCCAUCGCCGGAGACAAUCAGACAGAAGGACGAGCUCACCGCAUCACUGCAGUCACAAAGCCCGAAGUAGUCAGAAAUAUCACUGUCGCUAAUGUCACAACAUCCUCUAUAUCACUGAAGUGGAUUGAACCAAAGGGAAACAGCUCUUUCUACAGAGUACAGUGGACUGAUGGAAAUGUAACUCACAAUAACAGUGUGAAUACAACAAGUAUAACCAUUACUAACCUGACUGCUGGUGUACAGUAUAAAAUAACUGUUGCUGCAGUGACAAAUGAAGGCAGUACUGAGGGACAGAACACCAGUGUUUCUCAAUACACAAGACCUGGUGAAAUUGGGACACCUACUGUGUCCACAAACACCUCGUCCAUCUCUCUGAAUUGGACCUCACCUCCGGGUGAGGUGUUCAAGUUCAGGUUGGAGUGGAGCAGUAAUGGAGCUAUAAGGAAUAUGUGUACAUAUGAUAACUUUGCCGUGAUAUCAGAACUAAUCCCAGGCACUAGCUACACAAUCUCAGUCAUUGCCGUCGCCGGAGACAAUCAGACAGAAGGACGAGCUCACCGCGUCACUGCAGUCACAAAGCCCGAAGUAGUCAGAAAUAUCACUGUCGCUAAUGUCACAACAUCCUCUAUAUCACUGAAGUGGAUUGAACCAAAGGGAAACAGCUCUUCCUACAGAGUACAGUGGACUGAUGGAAAUGUAACUCACAAUAACAGUGUGAAUACAACAAGUGUAACCAUUACUAACCUGACUGCUGGUGUACAGUAUAAAAUAACUGUUGCUGCAGUGACAAAUGAAGGCAAUACUGAGGGACAGAACACCAGUGUUUAUCAAUACACAAGACCUGGUGAAAUUGGGACACCUACUGUGUCCACAAACACCUCGUCCAUCUCUCUGAAUUGGACCUCACCUCCGGGUGAGGUGUUCAAGUUCAGGUUGGAGUGGAGCAGUAAUGGAGAUAUGAGGAAUAUGUGUACAUAUGAUAACUUUGCCGUGAUAUCAGAACUAAUCCCAGGCACUAGCUACACAAUCUCAGUCAUUGCCGUCGCCGGAGACAAUCAGACAGAAGGACGAGCUCACCCGUCACCGCAGUCACAAGUAAUUAAAUGUUGCUUUCAUUUUCGUAUUACAGCUGUGUGACAUUUGUGGUUUUGGGGAAUUGGGAAAUGUUUUUUCGACCCUUAUUAAGAGUUAGCCGUCACUGGAAAACGGGUUCUGGUUUUAUCUGUUUGGGUAAUGUAGCAUGCGGGUCGAUACGUUUGUCCUUCUGUUGUUUCAGCUUCUCUGAAUAUUACAUUACAGGUCAUUUAGCUGAUGCUUUUAUCCAAAGUGACUUACAUUACAUUUUU